AUGAGCAGCAUAGGCACAGGCUACGAUCUGUCUGUCACCACCUUCUCCCCAGAUGGUCGUGUCUUCCAGGUCGAGUAUGCCACCAAGGCCGUUGACAAUAGCGGGUUAGAUUCCACUGCCUCCCAUUUCCUAUUGUGUUUUGCUUCAUUUAUUAUUCCGUUUUCUCUGUUCUAUGUAGUCUUAUUGGUUAUUGUCGAUGCCAUGGUAUUUGUGAAUAGGACUGUUGUUGGGAUCAAGUGCAAAGAUGGCAUUGUCCUGGGUGUUGAGAAGCUGGUAACCUCAAAGAUGAUGCUGGAAGGGUCAAACCGGAGGAUCCAUUCAGUGCACCGGCACUCUGGCUUGGCUGUUGCUGGUUUAGCUGCAGAUGGCAGGCAAAUUGUUUCAAGGACCAAAUCAGAAGCUGCCAGUUAUGAAAAGGUCUAUGGAGAAGCCAUUUCUGUGAAGGAAUUGGCAGAUCGUGUGGCAAGUUAUGUUCACCUUUGCACGCUGUACUGGUGGCUCAGGCCUUUUGGCUGCGGUGUUAUUCUUGGAGGUUAUGAUAGGGAUGGGCCACAGCUCUACAUGAUAGAACCCUCAGGAGUUUCUUAUAAAUAUUUUGGUGCUGCAUUGGGGAAGGGAAGACAGGCUGCAAAGACUGAGAUAGAAAAGUUGAAACUUUCAGAGCUUACCUGCCGGGAAGGCAUUGUUGAAGUUGCAAAGAUAAUUUAUGGAGUGCAUGACGAAGCAAAGGACAAAGCUUUUGAGUUGGAGUUGAGCUGGAUCUGUGAUGAAUCAAACCGCCAGCAUCAGAAGGUUCCGAAUGAACUGCUGGAGCAGGCCAAAGCUGCUGCUCAGGCAGCUCUUGAGGAGAUGGAUGCCGACUAA